UUUUGUUUAGGUAGCAGUCUCCCUCGGCAACCAAUUAGCAACAGCAACUACACACCGGAAGCGGAAGAGAUUGAAGCCAUUUUCACUGAAGGAUUGCCGGAAGCACCGAACUAGUGGGGAUUAAUGUGGUGCGAUGAAAGGCUGAAAAGGUCCUAGCACUCUAUUUCAGAGUCAGGAUAUUAUUCCAGUUGAGAUAAACUGAAAGCAAGCUGGAUGUGGCCACUGCAAGCAACACUGUUUUUAACACCACUAUGGACACGAAAAAAGCAACAAGCAGUGCAACUCGUAAAAUAAGCCACAAAGAUGGAAAAUAUUUGGAUGACUCUAAUAGACACUUGCACAAAUCUGUACGCCGAAGCAGAACCAGUAGGGAAAAGUCUUCUCGCAGUCCCUUGCGUGCCACUACACUGGAGAGUAAUAUAAAAAUUACAAGUCAUGUAGCAUUUAGGGAUCCCUUAGCUUCAUACAGGGAAGCUAGUGCCUCCUCAACUCCAAAUGAGAGGGAUAUUUUAUUGCCAGCAUCUGGCUUUAAUGCUGGUGAGCAAGAGGAAAGGGACUUUGAAAGCACAUGUUCAUCAUCAGUGGCCAACACUAAUGUUCAAUACCUAAAUGACCGACCUGCAAUUGAUGCUUUGGAGUUGAGGUUAUCUGGGUCCCCCAAUGAAUUUGCAAAUUCUACUCUGCACACUUACAGAGGAGUAAGAACAUUUGAGACUCUUCAGCCAAACUCCUCAUUCAACUCCUCUAACCAUAGACUCGAAACUUUAAAGAGGCGGCAACCAGAUGCUAAACUUGAGAAGCUGAAAGAGCGUAUACGUCGUCAAUGGGAGCUUGCUGGAGAGAAGGAUGUUAGAAAGGGAUUGUAUUCUUCAUCACAUUGCACAGAUCCUACUGCUAAUGCAAAAACUCGCAAAGUGACAUCUGCACCACCACCGCCUGCUUACAGAGGGUUUAACCCACCAGACAAAAAAAUUUGUACUUUAGAUGGUAAGCUUUGCAAGGAAGAUAACAGCCACAGUGUACUGCUGUAUGUAACCCUUCAACCUUCUUUCCAAGAGGGAGUCUCUACAAAUGAGAAGUCUCAAAUAAAGAAGACCUCCAUACCAGUGGAGAAAGUUCAGAGAUUGGCUAGUGGAGGAAGCACAGGGAUUCCUGAGAGUAAACCAGUAAAGGGAAGUGUUAUAAGUACGUCUUCAUGGAGAGAUGGGCAGAAAUUGGUAAAACAGCUCGUGGGCCCAACACCCAAGAUUAAAAAGGAACUUAAAGCUCUAUCUGAUGGCAAACAUACCCUUAAGGAAACACCUUCAGUUGAUGGACCAAUAAAUAAGAGGCAAGGCUCCUUUGAAAAAGAUACAGGCAAGAGGUCUGUGUCUAGUGAAAGGCAAAUAAAGGAGAUUACAAAACCCAGGGGGAAACAAAUAGGCAAACAAACUUUGUCAAGGGAGAAGCAGACAGAAAAUGAAGAUUUGUCCAGUAAAACAGCCAGUUCUGUGCGUUAUUCAAAAGCAGUUCAUGAAAAUAACUACUGCAGGGACCCAGCUACCACCACAAGUUUUCAGAACGAUGACAAAACAUGCAAUUCAACUCUUGACGACAAGUAUCACACAGAACCUGCAGAAUUAAGGAAAGAUUUCCUGCCCUUGGAGAUCCGAGGCAUUUUGGAUGACUUGCAGCUUGACAGUGGAAUUGAAGGACAGAAGCAGACAAGAGGCAGAAGCAAAAGCCCUACCAAACGAAAACCUGGAAAAUCACAUGCCCUUCAAGAACCCCACAUCUCCUCUAAGAGGAGUCAUUACGACACAGAGAAAGUACGUCUAUACAUUCUUCGCCAACAGGAAGAGAGAAAAAGAAAGCAGAAUGAUGAGAAGGAAGAACAGAGGCAAGCCGAAGAGCAAAAGAACAAACGUUUGCAGGAGCUUUAUCAAAAACAGAAAGAGGCUUUCAGCAAAGCAAAGGAUUGUACUACUGGCCAGCAUGUUCAAGGGACAGAAUUACAGGAUGCUGCUUACAGUCACAAAACAGAGCAUAAGAUACAACAACCUCCUGAAACUGUGUCAAGAUUGGUGCUAAGGCAUGCCUGGUCUGAUCUAUCUGCACAAGUAAAGCAGCCCAAGGUUUUAUAUCAGCCAUCUGGGGAGUCUGAUAAAGAGAACAAGGGUCAAGAAAGACCAACAAGUGCAUCUUCAGGAAGUGAUCUCUCCCUCUCCGAGCCUCUGCAACCACUUAUUAGGAGUGACCUGGCGGACACAUACCAUCCAAUGUUAGACAGCAUAUCAUCAAAAGGUCCACUACCUCAAAGUCUUAAUCAGAAAAAAGAGGGUGAUUUCAUUCUUUCUCACUUCCUAAAUAUUCCAAAAGACUUAGAAUCUUUGCUUAGCUCUAGGAAAAGCACUGCAAAUCCAGAAACCAACAAAACGUACUUGCAAAGAAAACCGCCCUCUAAUUUCAGGAGCAGCUUGGAUCGUAUUGAGUCUCUAAAGGCUACGGCAGUGUCUUUGUCCUCUAGAAUUGAGAGUGAGGCAAAAAAAUUAGCUGGAGGUUCACUAGUCUUUCCAUCAACUCGGGGCUCAGAUCCCAAUCAUAUAAAUAAUAAUACAACUAUUUGGAAAAAACCUGAGAGCCCACCUGAACGAGAUGGCGAGAAUUAUAUUUUUUCAGCUGAAAUACAGAAGAUGAUUGGUACUUGUGAAAGUCACUUUUCUCAUAUGGACCUUCCUGGAGUUAAUGAUUUGUACAAAAAACUUCCAGACAGAUUUCUUUCAAACAGAACCAUCACUAAUGGGGGACGUGAAGUCAUAAAUGACAGAAGGCUACCCCCAGGAAGAGAUGAAAGUUGUAGGAGGCCUAUUGAGUUUUCCAGUAAUAUUAGUCCAUUACAAAACUCUAGCACCAGUUCAAUUAGUGAGGGGCCACUGUUGAGUGAAGGGAACUUGAAUGAGGGUGAAGGAAUUCCUAGUCAUGGGUCACCACUUUUCUCAAAUAAAUUAACAAAAGCAUUUUGCAUCAAUGACCAAGAAUCAAGAAGCAAAUCCUAUGAGCCACUUGAAUUUAAGAGAGAAGCAGACAACUAUGAGCCAUUGGUGACAUCUAGUGCCAAAGGGCCCUGGGAAGAGCUUGCAAAAGGGAGCCCAAACAGUAUUGUUAACAUCUUCACCAAGUCAUACCAGCUUUAUAGCAAUGAAUUGGAAGGAAGAGUGGAGCGAAAUUCACCAGUGCUUAUGCCUCCGUUUACAUUAGCCAGCCACCAAAACAGUGUCUCUUAUGCAGAUGAUUUUAAUUCAUGCCAAGUCAGUCAAAUUCCAAGUGGCACUUCGAUAGCUCGGCAGCAGAGUCUGGACACCAGUUCUUCUAGUGUCAAUGAAGAACUUCCCAUGGUUAAGUCUAGAAAUGAGGGUACAUCAUCGAGUUCCUCUGGAGCAAGUUAUGCAUCCUCUUCUACAUCAUACUUAUCUCAGGAAGGAAGCAAACUGAAAAAUUAUUUUCAGAAUGAUAGCUCUCACAUACCCCAAGAAGAACAAAGCUCCUCAUGCUCUAAACAUAAAAACCUUGCGAGCAAACACACACCUCUGUCACCUGGGAGAGAGCCAUCAGCUGGCACUGACACUGAUAGCACCAUUGGAGAUCUUUCCUCACGUUCUGUGGCAAGCUUUUUGUCUGACACUGGAAGAGAUGUAGAAAGUCCUCACACAAAUUUCACAGAAAUUGGAAUGCAAACUCCAGCACCACCAACAGCGGCAACUACGGGAGGCUCUGUAACACAACCAUCAGAUAUAGCGUCUGGCCCUGUUCAAGGGUCCAACCAUUAUUCACCUGUGGUACUACAACAGCACAUGUAUGCAGAGCUGAACUAUCUUAGUGCUACGGAGGAGUCUGUGCGACAGCUAUGUGAUGUGGAACGUGUCCAUGGAAUUUCACUGGCUCAACAGGAAACUGUGUCAUUGGCACAGAUCAUGAAGGCUCAGCAGCAACGCCAUGAGCAGAACAUGGCUGCUUUGAGGCAACAAGCAGAGCAGGAAGGCCAUGCAAGCUUGAGGCAACUAGAAGAUGCACGUCAGAAAGCUACACAGGCACAGGCUGAAAAUCUACAGAGGUUCCAGAAGACACUAGAUACAUCCAAUCCACUCAAACAAGAUCAAGUGUUGGAGGCAUUAGCUCACAGUUACUUGUCGCCAUCCAGUUCUGAUCGAACAGUAAACUCGCUUGAUGAUCAACAAUAUCGCCAGAGCCCCCUUGGAAUUUGGAAAAAGGGAUUGAACUAUUUGUCUACAUCUCCCCAACCUACCAGCAGUGCUUCAAGUAUUAAAGAAGCUAGCAUUUGUGGUAAUGAAAGUCCAUCCAUCUCCUCUGUCACGGAAGCAAUCAGAAGUGAAAGUAACAUGGAGGAAAGCAUUGUUGAGGAACUUGCAAUAACUGGGAAUGACAGUUUACAAGAAAAAGGCAUCCCAACAGUACACGAAAAAGAUUCACAGUCGGCAGUCUCUGUUAAUGAAGAAGGCAUGGAAGAACAAUCAUUCCGCUCCUUGCUUCCAUCAGAGGCUCACCGCCGAGGAAGCCUAGAAAGGCAGCGCAGCCAAAGGCAUGAAUCUGAUGAGGAGAGCACCCCUGAGAAGGAACUAAGUGGACCUUUUGCAAGUGGACAGGACAGUUUCUGGAAGUUCACUAUGGAGAUGGUGCAUCAAUAUAUGCAGGAGGGAGAAAUGCGCUCAACGCACCAGUCUGCUCUUCUUCGUCUGCGUCAAAAAGCCCUCAAAGAUAAAACUAAGGCAGAGCUUGCAUGGCUGGAACACCUAAAGAGGCGGUUGCACGAUAAAGGAGAGGAUGAUAAAAUGCCCCCUUUGAGGAAACGACAGCGUGGCUUGUUGCUAAGGCUACAGCAGGAGCAGGCUGAAAUAAAGCGGCUCCAAGAAGCAAACAAAGCAGCUUGUAGAGAAAGACAGCUUAUCCUUAAACAGCAAGAGGAAAUCCAGCGCAUUCAGAAUAGCACUUUGAGACUGAAGGAAAAGCUUAAAUCUGCAGAGAGUGGAGAACUUCCCAGUGAAGUGAAAAUCCAGCCAGGUUCUGCAUCCAGCCAUGUUGCCUCUGAUGCAGAUAGUCGCAGCCCAUCACCUGUAUCUGUGUCUGGAAGUGAGACAAGCAGCAUUAUGCAGAAACUACGCAAGAUGCAUAGUCACAUGGAUUCCAAAGACAUCUGCCCUGUUCACUGCUUCUUCUCUGUCUUUUCGCCCCAGCACUGGGCCUCUCUCAGUGUGUGUUUUCCCAAACUUCACCCCAAAUUCCAGCUCUAUAUCUGCAGCCAGCUGCUCAGAUUCCUAACUAAAAGGGAGCAAGAGCUGGUACAGAGAAGAUUACAUGCACAGGAGUUACUGGAGUGGAAACGGAGGCUGGAUGAGGAGGAACUUAAAAUUAGGCAGAUAGAGAAGCAGGCAUUAGCUGGAUGGGAUAACCAGAAACCGAACAAAAGGAGUCACGCUCAUGCCAGAGACUCCAUGGUAGAAGAGAAAAAUGAAAAAGAAGGCUCUUCAGUCCCAUCAAGUCCUUCAAUGCAAACAAACACUUCCGGGAGCCUCCCACCAGAGUAUGUAGCCUCUGAGAUCAGCGAGUCAACCAUCAGUGAGAAAAUCCUGGAACAGAUUGGAGAGCACAGCAGCAUCUAUGAGGAACUGCUCCCAUCUUCACAUAGCAAAGGGUCUCCACUUCAAAGCAACAAAUCUCCAAGGGGUGGAGAAUCAAGCAAGGAUAGUGUUAUUGGGCAGCAAAUGCAUACCCCACUGAGACCACACCACCCAUCUCAGACAUGGUCAGAAGAAUCAUUGUCCAUGACACACUCAGAGACUACUUCUGAUCAGAGUGAUAUUGAAGGUCGUAUUCGAGCACUAAAGGAUGAGUUGAAAAAACGCAAGUCAGUAGUGGAUAAUUUGAAAAGAGAACAGAAAAAAAGGCAGAAAGAAAGACUUCGAGCACAGGAAGCCAUCCUACUUCAGCAACUGAAGUCGUAUGAUGAGUAUAUCCUAAAGACACAAGCUGAACUCAGCGGAGAACAUGGAACAGCAUCUGUGUUAAAACCUGCCCCAAAAAAUGCUUUGGCUUCAUCUGGGACAAACUUUGCAAAAUCAGAUGCAACUUCCAGGCUUAUUGAUACACCUACAUAUAAGAUGGUGAACGAGAAUGAGAAUCAAGUGGACUUCACUACUGAUGCAAGUGUUAGCCAAGAAAUAUCUUCUGCCAGCAAUAAAGAGGUUUCAAAAAAGACUACAUUGGAGCAGUCAUCUGUCUCUUAUAAAGAUAAUGCAAACUCUACUAUCCGAUCCUGUCCACUGACUCCUCCAUUAAGGGAUUACUUACUUACAGCAACUCCUGACAGUCCAGUAUCUACUAUCCACUCAGAGAUCCCAGAAGAGAUGAUCGAAAGUCACUUGUCUGCAUCACCUUUUCCUGCUGCUUUAAACCUUAACCUGAGGAGCCAAACUCCAGAGGAAACAGAAUACCUUAGUAGAGAUCACUCAUAUUCUGAUGAUUUUGAGGCUUCUGCUCCUUUUAGGUAUUCAGUAUCUGAAAUUCCUCGCGAGGAGUUGGAGAUGUCUUACGCAACUACUCCUGGUAGAGAACUUCCCAGUCUGCCUGAUCAUGAGGAGGAGCAUAAUGAAUUCAGGUCCACAAGUCCCCAUGUUGUAGAGUCUUCAACGUUAAACCCACCUGCACACAAUCACUUGCUCUCCAGUGAAAUUACUCAUCCUCUUGCUCACCUUUGUUUGGGAGACAGGGUUUUGGUUAGUGGAGUCCAACCCGGUACAUUACGUUUCAAAGGGACAACUCUCUUUGCAGAAGGUCUAUGGAUAGGCAUAGAGCUUGAUAUGCCAGAAGGCAAUAAUGAUGGAUCCCAUGGAGGGGAACACUAUUUUACCUGCAAGCACCAACAUGGAAUAUUUGCCCCUCCACACAAAAUCACUUUAUCACAGGAAAAACUAAUUCAAAAAGAAGAGUACAUCUUAAGUGAUGACGUGUCUCUUGAUCAUAAAAAUCAGACUGAUUAUCUAUCUGAGCCAAAAUCUGAACAGGAGACAACACUGGAAGUCACAGAGCAUCUUAAUGAAUCACAAAACAAAACAGAGCAAAAUCCGUUUCUUAGCAGUGAUUUUAACCUUGAUAGAACUACAGAAACCUCUUCUGUCAAGGAGGAAAAUAAAGAGUCCAACUCACCUCUGGUUGACUUAUUAAUCAAAGAUGAAAAUGAGCCAGAUGCCUUUAAGCAGCAAGCACCAAAUCUUAACAUACUUUCAGAAAGUCUUUUGCAGCAUUGCCUGAAGGAUACAAUUAGCUACCUCCAAAAUGUACGCAAGCAACGGGAAGAAAGGGUUCAGCAAAGCAACCAAGAGCUAAAGAACCCACCAACUGCACCUAAAGAUCCAACCAACUGCAGCCUUUACCUUAAGAACAAAGAAGCACCAAAUGAUGAAAUACGUCCACAACUGGAUCUAGCAGAGAUUGAGCCGAGUUGUAGCCUUCUCUCUGAGGAGCCUGAUUGGUUUGAUGAGGAUUUUGGACUGAGUACCUGCAGAGCCCAGCAGCGAGAGAUGAAGCUGGCUCAGCUUGUGGAGACUAUCCCAGAGCCUUGUUUAGUAGUACCAGAGCCCAUACCCAAGCCUGUACUCCCACUGCAGCAACCAGAACCUUUCUUGGCAGUGCUCCACACUGCACUGAAAGUGGAACAGCUUGUAUGUGUGGCUACAGAUGAGCUCUGGAAAUGGAAAGAACUAAGUGGAGAUCUUCAGGAAAUCCGGACAACAUUUGCACAAGAUGGUGAUGAAGAACAAAACCCAGCCCAAAGUGCUUACAAGGCAGUGGUAUUUGACCUAACACAUCAAAUAUUUGAGGAGAUGUGCUGUUCAGAUCAAAUGGAGAUGCCUCCUUGGAAGAAGCCUUCCAGAGUGUCUCCAACAUCUUCCCGUCAAGUGAGAAAUCCACACAACCUAGUGGAAAUAAAGUCUAUCCUUAUUGAUGAAGUUCUCAGUCUCCUGAAUCUGAAGAAAGAACAAAACCACAAAACAGACUGGCAGAGAAUGAUGAAGUUUGGAAGGAAGAAAAGAGACAGAGUAGAUGAGAUUCUGGUAAAAGAAAUGCACGAGGAGGAGGCACAAUGGGUAAAUUACGAUGAGGAUGAGCUGUUUGUGAAGAUGCAGUUAGCUGAUGGCAUUUUCGAGGCCUUAAUUCGCGACACAGUGCAAGUUCUGCAAAGCAUCGAGCAAAAGAAGAACCUCCUGCUGCUGGUUUGACAUACUACCGUACCUCUUAGUCUUCACCGCACGUGACUUGUCAACAUAAGGGCUCUAUCAAUGAGGAGCAAAGACGGCCCUGUGCAUAGAAACAAAAGCGUUUUGCAUCCUGGAAGGAAAAAGUGACAAAUAAUAAGUCCCCAUUUUGCUACUUGACUUGUGAACUAGAUACAUUGGUCCCUUUAUUUGUAAAUAUUAGAUAGUUCCCCCUUUAAAUUAUUUACAUAUCAUAAGUUUUUUCAGAUGGAUCUGUUCUAUUCAAGGGAACGAACCUCCGAUUUAUAUGCAGUUUCAUAUUGCCAAAGUGUAAGCAGUAUAAAGGGUGUGUGUGGCUACAAGGGUUAUAAAUUAGCAUGAAAGUGUGUAGGGUGUGUACAGCUGCCUCAUCAAGUGUCCUUAAUUU